UACUUGAAUCAAUAUGGCGGACCCCGUGUGGUUACCUUCAGCAUAGGACAAAUGUGGUUAGAAAUCUAUGGAAGUAUUGACUUGAAUAAUGUUUUACUGAAUCUCCAAGUUAUUAUGAGCGAAUUUCUCUCCCCGGUGACGUAAGCUAUGGCAGUGAGGGAAGUGAAACUAUGCCUGCUGGGCGAAGCUGCAGUGGGGAAAUCCAGUAUUGUGCAGCGGUUUGUCAAAGAUCAAUUCCGACCUGCUCUGGAGAGCACCAUAGGUGCCUCGUUUAUGACCAAGCGAGUAGAAGUGGAUGGCAAACACUAUGCCUUCCAAAUCUGGGACACAGCUGGACAGGAAAAGUACAGAGCACUGGCACCAAUGUAUUACAGAGGAUCAGCAGCAGCCAUUGUGGUCUAUGACAUUACAAGGGAGCAAACAUUCCGAGCUGUGAAAGAGUGGGUCAGUGAAUUACGGAAGAAUGCGGCGCAAGACAUAGUGUUAGCAAUUGCUGGUAAUAAGUGUGACCUUGAGGAUCUUAGGGAGGUACCUUACAAAGAUGUUCAAGACUACGCCCAACAGAAGAAUGCUAUUUUUAUAGAAACGAGUGCCUUGACAGCGGUAAAUGUGCCAGACCUCUUCAUAAAAAUAGCACAUCAGCUACCUCCAGAGGAUAUGCUGACCUCCAGAAUGAAUACCAGUUCUAUUAAAUUGAAUGACACUAAUCAGAAGAGGAAAUGUUGUGGAGGGCCGAGCAGGAAUGAGAUGGGCAGUCGGUCAGGCAUCCUGUGAAGUAGUGCCCCUGGACCUUGGCCAUAUCUCCCUAUCUGUUGUCUUCCUCAUCUCUAGCAACAACAUUCCAUACUUGUGUCAAACAUUUUCUCAACCUAACCUUCUUGUAUAUCCCCAAACCCCUGCAAGCCCGCUUCUGGAUACUUUGGACUUGUAACCAAAAGUGUUCAGCUCCCUCGCGUAACUUUUAUUUCCCACAUAGAGCUCCUUCUAAGCAAAUAAGGUUGUAAUGGAUAUAAAACCUACAUCGAAGUCAAAUACAUGAACAGUGUAUACUUAUGUGGUCUCAUGUUUUCAUCAUGAUGUUAAUUUAGGCAAGAAAAAUAUAAUUUUGGGCCAAAUUUCUGAAUGUUAAGCAAAUGAAUGACUAAUUAUCAAAGCUAGGGAAAUGUACAUUUUUUUCUAUAACUAAAUAAGACAAUCAUCAAUGAUUCCUCCAAUGGCAAUGCUUUACCAACCAAAAUUAUGCCAAAAUCACAGAAAUAGUGAAAAAUGUUGAGAAAUGCACAUUCAGGUAAAAUAAGUUUAUAUUCAAAUAUGAGCAUGUCUGAAUUAUAUCUGAAUAAUUAGACAACAAAAAGCGACAGGAUUGGUCUACAACAAUUAGAAAUAUUAUUAUAUAAUUUGGACGUCCUACAAGACUUGAUGUAAUUGAUGGGGAAAUUCACUGUUUUUGCCAUUAUGUGUGUUAUCUCCCUUGAUCAAUCUCGAUUUAAAUACUUUUUUACUUGUCAAUUAUAUUUCAAAAUGCCACAAAUCUA